ACGGCAUUUUAAUAUAUUCGUAGAAGCCCAGUGGUCCUACGGUGAAUGCUGUGCGUUCUUUGUGACCUUCUUCGAUCUCGACCUGAUGAUAGCCGGCCUUCAUGUCGAUCGUUGAAAAGAACCGGCUGCCAUGAAGGAUGUCAAAAACUUCUUCGAUGCGUGGCAGUGCUGGAGUAUGAAUGUAGCGGGUAUAACGGAGGUGCCACCAGUCGCCUUUCUUCCAAACUUUAUUGUACAGAGGAAAGUGCUGAAGCCCUUCCGAUAUCAGACUGGAGGAACAAUACUGGCAGCUAAGCUUGCCAUAGAGCGUGGAUGGGGUAUCAACAUCGGAGGGGGCUUCCACCACUGCAGUGGGGAGAGGGGUGGGGGGUUCUGUGCGUACGCGGACAUCACCCUCGCUAUCAAGUUCCUCUUCAAGUACGAUACGAAUAUCAAAAAGGCCAUGAUUGUGGAUCUGGAUGCCCAUCAGGGCAAUGGUCAUGAGCGUGACUUUAUGGAAGACUCUCGUGUGUACAUCAUGGACGUCUACAACAGAGGCAUUUACCCACAUGAUGGCUUUGCCAAACGGGCUAUCAGAAAGAAGGUGGAGCUGGCCCAUGGAACAGCAGAUACAGAGUACCUGAACCUGGUCGACAAGAACUUUGAUGAAGCAUUGACAGAGUUUCAUCCGGAUGUAAUUGUUUACAAUGCGGGCACUGACAUACUGGAGGGUGAUCCACUGGGAAACCUAAACAUAUCACCAAAGGGUAUAAUUGCAAGAGAUGAGAUGGUGUUCAAGAAAGCCAGAGAUCUCAAUAUUCCUAUAAUGAUGGUUACGAGCGGAGGGUACCAACGCAGCACAGCCCAGAUCAUCGCCGACUCCAUCCUCAACCUGCGAGCUCUUGGUCAUAUAGCCUGCAAGGCCGCGGAAAACUGCCCUACCCCCGAAGGUUUCCCAGCCAAACUCAAAUCUUCCACGAAGUGAGAGUGAGUAUGGAUUUUUCACACGGCUAAAACAUGCUUGCCUCUCAGCGGCCUCAUCCAAGCUGUCAGUGACCACACCCGAGCCAGUGUGUCAAACCAACCUGGGCGUAAAAAUGUCAAAAUCCACCCAGGACAUC